AUGGCGUUCUUAAACAUGGGACCGGAAGUUUAUCUGCUACUGUGGUUUUGGUCCUGUUUGCUGCUUCCCGGCCAUGCGGGACAAGUGCGUUUUGUUGAUACGCAGGUUAUCACCGAGGAAGGGAAACAGUUCAGUCUCAAAGUGGAGCACAUAGGGACAAGCACAGAUAUCGUCAACGUGAUUGUCAAGGUGGACAACAUAAACCAAGACUUCGUCGGCAGCAGCCAAGUGGCGUACUUUCCCCCGGGAGGCACGGGAGGCAGCAGCGUCACUUCCGUCACGUUCACGGUAGCAGACGACAUCGAACCGGAAGUGGAAGAAGUUUACCAGUUCAGCCUCACGGUGAUGGGAAACAGCGCUAACGUCACCGUUCCUAACGUCGCUACUGUAAUCAUCUCUGCGAACGAUGAUGCGUACGGGGUGUUUAGUAUCACAGACCUCCAAAGUCAAGAUGCAGUUGCCAUGGUGGGGACUGACAUAACACCAGCUGCAGGCUCUGUCACAUUCAACAAUGGGGAAACUGUCAACACCAUUCAGCUGCAGAUAAGAACUGACACAAUACCAGAAAAUGAUGAGUAUUUUCAGCUGGCCCUUACAGGUGCAACCCAAGGGGCAAGGGUAGUCAACAACAAUUUCACAAUUACCAUUCGGGCCAACGAUGCACCUUUGAGAUUCCAGCAGGCUGAAUUUAGGUUUGAUGAGAACCCCAUAACUCGGAUUAACAGUGUCACAGUCACAAGAGGUCUAGAUGUGGACGGAGUAACCAAGGUAGGGUCCACUGAGAGUGUGGCCACAGUAAGCUACCUCCUGAUAGCGGGCAGUGCUCAGAGUGUUAAAGACUACCGCGGGCCUGGUGAUCAGAACAGCGGUCAAGUUACCUUUGGAGUGGGCCAGACUUCAGCAAGCAUUAACCUGGAAAUCAUUGACGACAGCGAGCCUGAAAUGGAGGAGGUCUUGCAGAUGAUUUUGUCCUCGCCAACUGGUGAUGUAGUUCUGGUGGCCCCCAACAAAACCAGCAUCCUCAUCACCUCCAACGACAACCCAGCUGGCAUUCUGAGCCUGAGGUCACCUGAUAUGGUGUCUGCCCCUGUCAGUCAGCUGAAUGAGGACAAAGAUGUGGACACGGUGUUUACUGUGGUGAGGUCGGCUGGGUCAUUUGGAACUGUCAGCGUCAACUGGGAGAUUGUGCGUAAUGACACUGGAUCUGGUCUGGUGGGUGAAGACUUGACGCCUGUGUCUGGCACAGUUACCUUUGCUGAAGGCGAGCGCGAGAAGCAGAUAGUGGUCAAGGUCACACAGGACUCAGCGCCAGAACCCACUGAGAGAUUCAAACUGCGACUGCUGGCCCCUGUGUCUGGUAGCGCCAAAGUGGAGGGCAUAUCUGAGGGGUUUAUACUCAUCCAGGAUAGUGACAACGUGUACGGAAUUGUGGAGUUUGCUGCGGAUGCCAAACAGAAACUUGUAGUGAAUGCGUUACCGCGGAUGCUGCAGCUUGUGAUAGCCAGGGCGGGGUCCAACAAUGGUGAUCUUCACUUGAACAUCUCCCUCGUGUACAAGCCAUCAGACAGCUCCAGUGCAGACAUCCUUGAGAGCUCUGAGCUGGCCGUUGUGAUGAUGUCAGGGGAGGUGGAGCGUACAGAGCAUGUCCAUGUGAAGUAUGAGGCAUUCCUGCAAGUGGGAGGGGUAUUCACUGCUACACUGAGGAGUGUGAAACUUGUUACAGAGCCCCUAAUAGGUGCCUUCAACAGCCCCUCCCUAGGGGCCCGCACAGUUGCCAGGGUAACAGUGACCCCUGCAGAGGCAAACGGGGAAAUCGGGUUCCAGAACCUUGAUAAGCUGUCUGUUGUGGAACCGGAUGCCUCUCCUCUAGAGGUCAGGGUCCCCCUAUCUCGAGAGGGAACCAGUGGCCAGGCUGUCAUAGGCUGGACCUUACAGGGAAACGGAACUAACGCUGCCUCAGUCACUAGUGGGGAUGUUAGAGCAAUGUCUGGAUCUGUUGUCAUGGAGUCUGGUUCAUCAGUGACUUACAUCGUCCUAAUGAUUCUGCCGGAUGAUAUUCCUGAACUUAACGAAGAGAUGACCUUGACAUUGAACUCAGUUGACCCGGCAGGGACUCAGCGACUGAGAGCCGGCUUCACACGCAAGUCUGUUGUGAUUGGUCAGAACGACAAUCCUGGUGGAGUGUUCCAGUUUGAAGCCAGCGAGCCCCUCACUUAUUCUAUUGCAGAGGGAGCCACCCCGAAGGAGUUCACAGUGGUUCGGGACUUUGGGGACCUUCUUGAGCAAUCAAUACAGUACAUCAUCAUCAACGGAGACCAGGAUUUCUUUGGGGCCACCAACGUGCUGACCUUCCCAGCAGGGGUCAAAGUUCGAAGGUUCUCUGUAGCGGCCAUGGCUGAUGGAAUCCCGGAGCUGGAGGAAGUCUUCACUCUACGCAUCCAAAGUUACGGAGCCAGUAAUGCAGUGAUUGGUCAGCGGUCCAGUAUAGAACUGCAGGUCCCCAAGAACGACAAUCCAAAUGGAGUGCUGCAGUUGCCAAAGCCAGUUGUCUACCUUAACGAGAGUAAAGGAGCAGUGAAGGAAGUAGCCACCAUUCCAGUCCAGAGGAGCAUGGGGAUGUUUGGGGGUAUUCAGGUGACCUGGUCCCUCUCACCUGGAGACGACAUUGACCUUCGACCUUCAUCAGGCUUUGUGACCUUCACCUCUGACCAGGACAUAGCCUAUAUCACCCUUGAAUCAGUACCCGAUGAGAUCACUGAGUCAGCUGAGAAUUUCACCUUGACCUUGAGUGCUCCCCAAGGCGGGGCAGUGUUGGGACAGAAUGCCAAGUGUACAGUCUUGAUCACGGCCAAUGACUUCCCGAUCAUAUUUGAAACGCUAGCCCUGCGUGUGGAGGAGCCUUCCGAGACGUCAGUUGUGAUACAACGAGAGGGGGCUCUCAACACCGCUGUCACGCUGAAAUACCAGACACUAGAUGGCACUGCAAGCUCCGUGCAGGGAGACUACUCUAACAUCACAGCGGGACAGGUGACAUUUAGCCCAGGUGAAGCACAGAAGUCUGUUACAGUCCGUGUGUUAGACGACACGACCCCUGAGGGUCCGGAGACAUUCUUUCUGCAGGUCUAUGAAAUCAUCGGGGAUGCAGUAUUCCAGGGUCCAAACCAGGUGAACAUGACGAUACUUGACAAUGAUGAGGCCUAUGGAACCUUCCAUUUCAUAGCCCCGUUCUCACAGCAGGUGGAUGAGGGCAGCACAGUCAGUUAUGGAAUCUCCCGCAGUGGAGGUGUGUUCGGCGGUGUCGAUGUUUUCUUUGAGAUAUUUGCUGUGCCAACUAAUGCAAAGGCUUUAAAUGGCGGGGAUUUUAUGACGGCACAGAAUCUCAGCGUGCGAUUUCAGAAAGGGGAGGCUACCCAGUACAUGCAGAUAACUCCGAGAGUGGAUAACGAGCCAGAAAAUGAGGAAAUAUACACUAUCAAGAUAUCCAGUCUUAGAGUUUUCGAUGGUCGCACAGACAAAGUCCUCUUCCGGAUAUCUGAUCUUGACAACAGUGCCAUGGUGACCAUACUGGCCAGCAACGACCCCAAUGGGAGAUUUGGAUUUCCUUUGGAGUCAAAGGAACGCACGAUUGCAGAGGACUUUUACCCGGGAAUGGCUUCUUCCACACAGGCCAGCCUGCGCGUGGAGAGACGCAUGGGGACCUUUGGAACUGUCGAGGUAUUAUGGGAGGUGUACUCAGACAAGGUCUCUGGUACCCUGCCCCCAGUAUAUGACCUCUUGUUCCUGGGAACCAUUCCAUCCUCAUUUAUGCUGGUUCCCAGUAAGAAGCGUCUGGGAACAGGAACCAAUGUGGUCUCUUUUACAGGAAAUUCUGCUUCUUACGUGUCUGUACCUCAAAUGUACCACCCUACGGCUUCUGAUAUCUCUGACGGCUUCUCUAUAUCGUCAUGGAUACAGCCGUUCUCCAACACCAACGGUUACGUAAUGGCAAAAACCAAUGACAAUGGGUCUAGACAUUUCUAUUCCCUGAAACUGAUCACCAACAGCUUACAGACACAGAUUGUGUUCGGAUACUCUGUCACUGGCUCAAAUGAGAAUGUAAUUGAGACCGUGACGUACCAGCGCAACAUUGAAGACACACUGUGGCAUCAUCUCGUGGUAUCGUUAGACAAGGGAGUCAUAUAUUUCUAUGUGGACACAGUAUUUGUAGGGACAAGAACCCUGCCCCAGUCUCAGGUCCUGAUUGACUCCAGGGGCAGCCUGACUGUAGGGGCCAUAUACCCAGGCUCACAGCAGUUCAGUGGAUACAUGCAAGAUGUCAGGAUAUACACUAAUAAGCUCACAGACGUUGAGAUCCAGGAGCUGUAUGAGACCCCAGCCCGGACUGACCUUACCACGAUAUCCGGCUACAUCACGUAUCUGGAGGGUCUGAGAGAGGGCAGGAUUGACCUCUCCUCUCUGCAGGACACUGAGGAGGAGGGGGAGGAAGUGUUCACUGUGAGGCUGAUACAGGCAAAAGGGGGAGCUACUCUGUCUGGUGUUGAUGCUGUGGCAACCAUUACUAUUUUAAAGAGUGACAAUGCCAAUGGGCUGUUUUAUUUCCCACAACCCUGCCAACCCCCCUCACCCUCUACUGAGGCUGCCACCAUUACAUGCACUGUUGCUAGGCAACGUGGUGACGACGGUCAGGUCAUCGUGACCUGGUCAGUGUACCAGUUGAUAGGGAGUCAGGUUACCUUGGCAACCCAGGACUUUGUUGAAUAUACCGGACAGGUUGUGUUUGCUGCUGGGGAAAGGACAAAGGACUUCUCUGUGAAACUUUUGGAUGACAGUAUUCCUGAACCCAUAGAGACCUACGUUAUUCGUCUUAUUAACAUUUCCACGGAAGACAACAAAGUUGGCACCACCAAUGCCAGUGGAGCUAGCAUAGAUCCGGCCAACAGUAAUUCCACGGUUGUCAUGACAGAGAAUGACUUUCUGAACGGGUUGCUCCAGUUUAAGCCAGAUGGUGUUCCACCGUUACCAAAUGAUCCUUACAUAGAACCAAUGCUCGAGUCUCCAACGGUCCGAGUGCGAGAGGAAUCGGGCGUGGCCCGGCUGCUAGUGGUGCGUGCCAUGGGCUACACAGGUGAGAUAACUGUAGAGUGGAGAACCACAGACGGUAGUGCCAAGAGCAGCGGGAAAACUCCAGUGGAUUACACAGCGGCUGUAGGGCGGCUCACAAUGAAGGACCAGGUACGAUAUGCAUUCAUUAACAUCACCAUAGUGGACAAUAGCAUCCCAGAGGACGAGAAAACCUUCGUGGUGACCUUGUUGAACCCUUCAGGCGGAGCCGCACUAGGAAAGGGUUCGGCAGUGAUUGUAUUGAUCCAGCCAUCAGAUGGAGCCUUUGGGGUGUUCCAGUUUGGACCAAAUUAUCGCGGGAUUCAAGUAAUGGAGACUGGGGAUAGUGGAUUCAAUGUUGUGCCUAUACAGAUUGAGAGGGUUGGAGGAAGCAUUGGUCAGACAGUGGUAUCUUGGGAGGUGACUGGAGACAAGAACAAUGACAUAGUUGACCACUCUGGCAACGUAACCUUUGCCAACCAGCAACUGACAGCUGACCUUGGGUUGAAGGUCAGGGGUGAUACUGCACCCGAGCUGGAUGAACUCUUUGUGGUGCAGAUCAUAGCUGUCACAAGGGGAGAGCUGGGUCAGUUUCUAAGGUCAGAGGUCACCAUACUUGCAAAUGAUGACCCGUAUGGCAAGUUUGUGUUCCCCACUGCAAUGAGACCAGUCUUUGUGAACGAGAGCAAUCAAUUGGUUGCUAUGGAGAUUCACAGACUUGGUGGGUCAUUUGGAGCAGUGGAGGUCAACUACAUAACAUUGACCCCCAACGAGACCUUCCACUACAUCCCAGCCACAGUCCCUAGAGCUGACCUAAAUGACUUUCAGACUGUAAAUGGGUCAGUGAGAUUCAUGGCGGGUCAAGAAGUUGCGACCUUUAACCUCCAAAUUCUUGAAGACCUUGUUCCAGAGGAGGACGAGGUCGUGUAUGUGAGGCUGACUGGGGUCAGAUUGGUGGAGACUGCACAAAUCAGAGCAGUGGACAACUCGCCACGCCUUGGUACUGAGACAGACUUGUAUGGGCAGAUAAUCAUCUACAGCAAUGACAACGCCAACGGAGAGCUGGUGUUGACUCCCCAGUCACCAACAGUUUACGAGAACCAAACAGAAUCAUUCCUGUUUGUGACACGUUUUGGAGGUGCAUUUGGAGAGGUGACUGUCACAGUAAAAACAGUGGAUGGCACAGCGUUAUCUGGCGUGGAUUACAUUCUCAUGUCAAACCAAGUGACGCUUGGGCGAGGAGAGACAAAGGCAGCAGUUCCGCUGAGAAUCAUUGAUGACUCCUUGCCGGAAUUGGCAGAAACCUUCACAGUGCAGUUGGAUAAGGUGUUAGGCGGAGGGGUGCUUGGUACUACCAUCAGUACCAAUGUCGUUAUCAAUACCUCAGAUGAUCCUAAUGGAGCUUUUGAGUUCACAACUGAUGGCAUGUCAGUGGAGGAGCCAGACACUGGGCCCCUGGCUGUCAACCUGACAAUUGUGAGGACGGGCGGAACCCUGGGGGUCAUGACCUUGGAAUGGGUCGCCAUGCUGGGAGGUGGUGUUGCCCAAGAGGAUGUCAGCCCGUCGUCAGGCAGUGUCUUCUUUGUGAGCAACGAGGGAAGUCGACAAGUCACCAUCUCUGUCCUUUCUGACAAUAUACCCGAGGGUCAAGAGGAUGUAAAGAUCCAGCUGACAAAGGUAUCAGAGGGCGGUCGUAUAGGGGCGCGGGGCAUGUUCACUCUUUCCAUCCUGGCCAAUGAUAACCCACACGGCUCCGUGCAGCUCGCCCAGACACAGUACUCUGUGUCGGAACUAGACACAAACUCGCUGCAGAAUAUCCGAGUCACUCGAUCAGGAGGCAGUUUUGGAGAGCUGCGUGUGUACUACAGCACAGGCAGCGUGUCUCUUCUACAAGACAUCAACACCAACAUAGGUGACGCCAGUGUGUUCCAGUACUUCCGUACUCCUAUACUCGGGGGUCGAGGAAUCACAGGCACUGAUGUCACAGUGACACCUGGGCAGAACACUUCACUGGUGUGUGCCAAGGCGUGCCUUCAGCAGAUGUCUUGCAAGUCUUUUGAGAUCCAUGUGUCCGUGGAUACCAACACCUGUACCUUGCACGACACCACCACGUCUUCUCCUAUGAACAUCACAUCCACUAACAUGAAAUACUACGAGAAAGACUCUACCAAGGCAGGGGAGUUAACUGGUGUCCAUGCCACACCAGGUGAGGACUACAGCGUGGUUACCAAUGGUUACAUCCUCCUGGCAGAAGGCACCACAGAGGGACAACUUCCUGUCACAAUCCUCGCAGACAGUGUACCGGAACUCGAUGAGAAAUUCAUGGUGAUGUUAACUCGGGUGGACGUGACAGGUGCCCCGCCUUCCCCCCAGAAUUCCCCAUACCUUGGUGGGCUACGGAAUGCUACAGUGACCAUUCUUGCUAAUGACAGUCCAUACGGUGCAUUUACAGUGUACAGUGAUAGUCCGCUAGCAAUGGAGGGUGGUCAUAUGGUUCAGGUGGAGGAACGGCCAAAUUAUGCUGUUGAUUUGAUUGUUGAACGGCAAGGAGGGUCAAUGGGAGAGGUUUUGGUACAAUGGUCAGUGGACGCUGCCAACAGUACUGCUGUAUACAACGUGGACUAUCGAGCGGACGGGGCUACCUUGACAUACCUCCCCGGGGAGACCAGAAAAUUGAUAAGCAUCACCAUUCUGGAUGACACGAUGCCAGAGCUGAUGAAGACUGUCAUAGUCCGGUUGAGCAAUGUCCAAGGUGGGGCCACAAUCAAGAACAGCAACGCCACAAUCCAAAUCCUUGAGAAUGACAAUGUAGCUGGAGUCCUCUCCCUUAGCAGCUCAUCAGUGCAGGCAAAGGAAGGGGACACAGUGGGUCUGAAGGUACUGCGUAACCCCUCACAAUUUGGAACAGUGAACGUGGACUGGGAAAUAAGGGGCCUUAAUGGCCUUGACCCCUCUAAGGGCUUCAGGGCCUACCAGGGAUCAAUGCAGUUUGCUCCGGGUGAAAGUGAGAAGACAAUCCAACUAGAAGCGCUCAGUGACAACAUUCCUGAGGUGAAUGAAGAGUACCAACUCCACCUGGUCAACAUGAGGACUACAGGUGUUGGUACGAGUGGUGCUGCCUCACUGGACCCCAUUCUCCGCACAGCCAGUGUGACGAUCCAGGGUAGCAACAAUCCCCACGGGGUGCUCCAGUUCAGCAGCAACUCUCUGAAUGUCCGCGUCAGUGAGGCCAGCAACACGGUCAGAAUUCAGCUGGACAGGAAGUUUGGAGCUAUUGGUGCAAUCCGUGUUGAAUAUGAAAUCACAAAUGGAUCAGUUUCACUGCCAACAAGUGAACUCGUUUAUGCGACCCCAAACACAGACUUUGUUGCCGAAAAGAAAUUCAUCGAUUUUGCCAAUGGUGUGUCUUCUGCUGCUAUCAAUGUGACGAUCAUGGAUGAUGAAACACCAGAAGUAGAUGAGGUGUUUGUUGUACGUCUGCUGUCUGUUGUUCUGAUUAACCAACAAUCAUCUGGAGAACCACCAGUACUGGGGAGCAGUGGUAUAGUGUCCCAGGUCAUUGUUAAUGCCAAUGACGGCACAAAGGGUGUUGUCAUAUUCAAACAGGAUUCGGCCACAGUUCAAGUUGAUGAGACUAGCCGAAACAUUUCCCUGACAGUUGUGCGCGAUCGUGGGACGUUUGGCGAGGUGUCAGUCUUCUUCUACGCUCAAAGUCUAAUUGACGGCACAAACCUUGGACUGGACUACAAGAUUACUCCACAGGAGCUCGUGUUUCUACACGGCGAUACUACACGCCAAAUUCAGAUCGAGAUCGUCAAUGACGACAUUCCUGAGCCUGAUGAGAUCUUUGAGAUAGUUCUCUCAAACCCCACAAAUGGACUGGUCCUUGGUGUACCCAGUAGAGCCACAGUGACCAUUCUUGCCAAUGAUGACCCAGCAGGGUUUGUUUACUUGGAAUCUGUUGACCUAAUUACCCUUGAUGAACCCUCAAAGACAGAGUCCCUCGUGUCAAAGGUUGAUGUCACUAUCGGUCGAGGCCCUGGGAUAUACGGUGUGGUUCAUGUUCCAUUUGAGAUUGUACCAGAGAUUGCAAGCAAUAGGAACGAUCUAACACCUAUGCAGGGAACCAUCACACUUGAAAAUAAGCAGAUGUCUGCCGUUCUCACGCUGACUGUACUUGAUGAUGAGAGACCCGAGGAUGUGGAGAGAUUUACUCUGCGUCUGCUGGCUCCUGACAACGCGGCCCAGCUGGGGACCAAGACUGCGAGAACCAUCAUCAUCAACUCCAAUGACUCACCUAAUGGACUGUUCAGUCUGUAUGCUGCGGGAACUAGGCUACGCGAGGUCAGUGUGGAGGAAGGGGUGGGUAUGCUGCAGUUUGACAUUGUGCGCACCCAGGGGCUUGAGGGGCGGGUCACAGUUGACAUGGUAACCGAGCCUGGGACUGCCGACACUACCGCUGAUGUAGCGUCUGUGCAGCUAGUUCCUGUACAGGUUUUGCCGACUACCUAUGUUGAGAACUGGUACAGCUAUACUGUCAACAGCACCACAUACCUGCUGAUGAUGAAACCCACAGUAGUUGGGGAGAUGACCUCUGAGCUGGGAUCACAGGGGUCCGCUGGGCCUGUUGACAUGGCAACGCUUUUUCACACGACCCUGUUCAGGUGGCAGGGAGAAUUAGUACCUCUUCAGACGGUUGAGACAGACGGCGUGUCAGGUGCCACGGCGUUCAGAAUUGACACUGUGGACUACCUUGUGGUCUCCAACAAGGGCAACUACAACCGCUACCUGACCCAGUCACGGCUGUACCGAGUCAACCCCAGUGGAAACCUCACUCUGAUUCAGAAACUCGACACCAAGGGUGCCACAGAUGUGGCCUACUUCACCAAGAACACCCUACACUACAUAGUGAUAGCUAACUCCAUGGACAAUGCCGGAAACACCCGGGUGAAUUCUGAUAUCUGGCGUUGGGAGCCGGGCAAUAAACAGUUCGGGAAAGUGUCCUCGUUGCUGACGCUAGGUGCAUCUGCCGUGGAGGUGGUCAAUAUCAACGAGAACCUGUACCUUGUAGUGGCCAACCAGUAUGAUAGCGUGGAUAAGACAUACACUGUGGACUCCAAAGUGUACAAGUUUGACUCCAACGCUCAGUUUUCACAGCAUCAAAGUUUGGCCACUCUGGGUGUGGCUGAUGUCAGACACAUCAGAGUUCGCUCCCUUGACUUGUUAAUCAUCGCCAACAAUCGCGACAACACGGUCAGUAGUCCACAGAAAUCUGACGUGUAUCGCUGGGACAUCACCACGCAGAUGUUUGUUCUACACGAAAGGCUAGAGACAACCAGAGUGGAGCAAGUGGAAAUAUUCACAGCCUUUGAUGAUACAGUAUAUGCCAUGUUCUCCAACUCCAUCGGUUCCUCUGCCUUUUUUGGCUGGGAUGUCCAGAACAGCCGGUUCCAGGCAGUCUGGUCUGGUCGCCCUGCACUCAGCAUGGUCCCCAUCACAGUGGGGCAGGGAGCUGGAAAUAUGAACCUGAUAGCUGUGGCAGACAAAAACAUCACUACCAAUCCAGUCUUGUACCAGCUUAUUAAAGUCAAGGACAGUGACUUUGCACCAAGGGUGGUUACCAUGACAAUGGAUGCAGGUCAAGACCUUCUACAUGCCUCUGUGUACGUCUUUCAAGACACGACCCCUGAGGACACCGAGACCUUCUAUGUGACCUUGAGGUCCCCGGGGGGUGGGGCGGAGAUCAGUGUCAACAACAAGAUUGCUGUCAACAUUCUCUCUAAUGAUAACGCACAUGGAGUCAUUGAAAUAGCAGCUGACUCUCUGGAGAUACAAACCCAGGAGCUUGCUGGUAGAGACAACACUGUGCAGGUGAAUGUCAUACGUCGCUAUGGAUACUUUGGCCAUGUGACCGUGAGGUGGAUUGUUACGGGCGACCACGAUGGCACCAAUGAUAUCACCCCUCUUGAAGGAAUUGUUGAAUUUGCCACAGGGCAGGCUGUGGCCACUGUAAGCCUGACAGUGCGAGAUGAUGACAUUGCAGAGCUACAGGAAGUGACCUACCUGCGGCUGACAGAGGUCAUACAGUCUGGAACCAGUCUACAGGGCAGAGGGGCAGCCAUAGGCGUCAACAACACGGCCAAGGUGGUUGUGCUGGCCAAUGACUCGCCAUAUGGGGUGGUACGGUGGGAGACAACGUCCCAGACUGUGGUAGAACCUGAGGGAUCUGACACCACCAUUGUUUUGUAUGUUGUGCGGGAACAGGGCAUGUCUGGCAUCUUACAGGUCACCUACAUAACGUCAGUUGAUGAUACAAUCCCCAUCUCCCAGCAGGCCGUGUCAGGUCAGGACUUUAUAUCACGGCAAGGCAUGGCGUUGUUACAAGAGAAUGUGACAAGGGUACCAGUGGAGAUUGUUAUCAAACAGGACACCAUACCAGAGGCUGCUGAGCUGUUUCUGGUGAACCUGACCAGUGUUGUGUUGGUAGGUAACUUCCCUUCCCCGGGAGCAGCACCCAGCAUCCGUUACCCUGGUAACACCGUAAUGGUUACCAUCUCUGAGAAUGAUAACGCUCGAGGCAUUGUUCAGUUUAACGUUACCACUAACAUUGAAGGAAGGAUUGACAUCUAUGAGGAGUUUGGUAUGAACACCACCGUACCUCUGACUGUGAGCCGGUCUGUGGGCCUGUAUGGGCCGGUGACGGUGACCUGGCAGGCUGAGCCAAGGGAGGCAACUGUGUUGGACUUCAGUCCCUCCAGUGGAACGCUCUCCCUUGCUAACCUGCAGCAGAGUGCCAAUAUAUAUGUGACCAUCAUUGAUGAUAACAUUCCUGAGAAUAUGGAGACUUUUGACAUAUCGCUGAUAAGUGUGACAGGCGGGGCAUUGCUUGGACCAUCCAAAUCGGUUAGAGUGGCCAUUCUGAAGAAUGACUCUCCAAAUGGACUGUUCAGAUUUGUUACCUCGGAGGUGGUGGUGAAAGAGUCGCGCACAGAGACUGACCCCAAUGGGGAGGCCAGGUUGAUAGUGGAGCGUGUCCAGGGGUCAGAGGGCGUGGUCAACGUCCAGUGGAGGCUCAACGCAGAGGCAGUGUACGAUUUUUACGAGCCUCUUUUAGGCACCAUGAUGUUUGCCCAGGGUGAGAAGACAAAGUCUCUGUCCCUGAGGACCAAGCCAGACUCCAUCCUGGAGGGCGAGGAGCGGUUCCGUGUGUCUCUGGUUGCCGUGGACAACAACGCCGACAUCAGCCACACCCAGGGUGACGCCCGCAUCAUUGUAUUGCCUGACCCUGGGGCGAGUGGCACUAUUGAGAUAGUGCCGGAAAGCAGGCUGGUCUAUAUAGGUGAGCCGGGUGAGUCCAGUCCCAACUACAAGGGUCAGGUGCAGAUAGUGUUGACCAGGGGGUCCGGUAUCUAUGGGGACGUGUCCGUCUCCUGGGCGAUAACUCCACGAGACCAGAGUGCCUUCCUGCAAGUGGAGGGAACAGUGACCAUUGUGGACCUGCAACAGAAGGCAGCAAUUACACUGCAGGCAUUGGAUGACAGUAUUCCGGAGUUACGUUCAAUCUACACGCUGCAGCUUAGUUCUGCCACAGGGGGCGCUGUUCUGUCAUCAGUUUCCUCUGCAACUAUGUCCGACAUUGUGUUUGUUGCGAGCGACCACCCCCACGGGGAGUUUGUGUUUGACCUUCCAGAAACCUUUAUUACCACAGAGGACAGAUUCUCAGUUAGUUUGCCAGUGAUCCGUCGUGGGGGUCUGAAUGGCCAGGUGUUUGUGACGUACAAGACAUACCCGGGCACAGCGACUGAGCUCGACUAUUUCCCUGAAGAGGGGACAUUGACCUUCCAACAUGGACAGAACCAGCUCUUCAUAGACAUCCAGUUGAGGCAGGACGAUGUACCAGAGGGCCCAGAGAGCUUCUAUCUUAACCUGACCUCCGCCAGACUGGUGGAUCCAAGCUCCUACAACUUCACUUUGGUUUCCGGCCUACAACUUGACCAGAGACCAGUGAUUGGUUCCCAGGGAGUGAAGGAGAUGGUCAUAGAGAGGAAUGACAAUGCUGAGGGGACCAUCCAGUUUACGGACCUGGCAAUGCAGUUCACAGUGACAGAAGAAGAAGGUGUUGCUAAGAUUCCGUUGAUAAGGACUGGUGGUAACUAUGGAGCUGUGUCAGUGCUCUACAGGGUGAUCAAUGUCACGGCAACUGUGGGGGAAGAUUACGUGAGCACGCAGGGGGUGGUAACCUUUGCAGACGGCAGUCGCAAUGCAACUCUGGAUAUCACCAUCCUGGACGAUUCAAGCAUGGAGAAUACAGAGACAUUCAGAGUGGAGUUAGUCAGUACAACAGGUGGAGCUGUCUUAGGAAAGGCAGCAGUUUCCACGGUGACAAUUGCAAAGUCAGAUUAUCCAAACGGAAAGUUUGGGUUUAAAGGUCAGCUGAUCAUCACUGUAGAUAACCCCGCAAGGACCCUACAAAGGAUGUUUACAGUUGAAAGAACCAGCGGGCUUCUAGGUGAACAAACGGUUUUCUGGCAAAUCUUUGGACCGAACAAUCCCACCUCACCUCUACAGGGUACAAACGACAUAUCCUAUGUUGUCGGUAGCAACGAGCUCACAUCUGGAACUCUAAAGUGGGCAGAUGGGGAAGCAGGGGACAGAACUUUCACUCUCAACGUCAAGCCUUUCUCAAGCUGGGAGAUAGAAAAGACCUUUGUUGUCAAGAUCACAAAGGUCGAGGGGUCACCGGUUACUAGCGGUAAUGGUGAGGUCAGCCCAACAACUGGUGCAGUAUUGCUGACUAUAUCCAAGUUUGGUGACCCCAAUGGCAUUGUACUCUUUGACGGCCCUGCUCAGCUAGCCCGGGAGUAUGAGGAACCAGACGGGGUGACCACUCUUGCUGUACAGUUCCCCAUCAUCCGAAGACAGGACACUGGAACUGUCGGCAAUAUUGAGGUGUUCUGGGAGGUCCAAGGCCCGAUAGACAUGGCCCGUCCUGACAUGCAGCCUAUCAAUGGCUCUGUCCUGUUGGCGGACGAGGAACGAUCAGCUGCCAUUACCCUCCAAAUCAUGCCUGAUACAAUUCCUGAACUCUCUGAAACGUUCCGAUUGGCUCUCACAAAAAUUGUUGGUGGCGCCGAAAUAGACAAGCAGUACAACUUGUCUACCUUCACUAUCAAGUACAAUGAUGACCCACACGGUGUAUUUGGGAUAAUCCCGGAGUAUCAGACCGUGAAAGUCAACCCUGUUGACCUGACGAGAAAUGUGCGACUCAACUUCACGAGAUAUGCAGGCGUGUUUGGAAAUGUCAUCCUGACCUUCAGCAUCAAAUAUGACAUUCCCCAAUCUGGCAUCCUCCUUGCACUGAACGAUGGCACAGUGACGUUUGCAGAGGGACUCACAAACAGGAUCCUGGACAUUAAAAUCGAGGGAACUGGCUUCCUGGAAAUAGGCACCACUUUCUCCGUGUCUCUAAUUGAAGUCAACUAUUUAGGGGAAGGAGUGACACGCCUCCCACAGUUCCGGGUCGGUGAGACAGAGGUCAAGGUCAGAGUUCCUGCUGAGGCUGCCAACAGUCAAGUGGGAUUCAAAUACACCAUGAUGGGAGUGGAUGAAGCAACCAGCACAUGCAGACUGAAUGUGCAACGAGUGGGCACGUAUGGUACCGUAAAUGUGUCUUUGACCAGUGGGUUCCCGGGGGGUAAAGUGCUCGCGGGGUUCACGGAGGGCAAAAUACUCCCACCGUCUGGCACUAUAGCCUUACCACACGGAAUUGAGGAAAGGAACUUCACUGUAGAGCUGUCUGCCAAGCUGGGUGUCUCCGAGCUGUUUGCGGUCCACCUGCCCAGCGCCCCCUCAACCAUGGUACCAGGUGGGGCCCGGCUACUCCCGGACAGAUCCCUGGUCCGUAUUGAGCCGUACGGACUGAUACGCUUCUCUACAAACUCCACCCAGCCCUCUGUGUCAGAGAUGUUUGGAAAGAUCUACCUGCAAGUGGAAAGGGUGUAUGGCUCGGAGGGAAAGUUGGAGGUUCAGUACCGUGCUGAGGGGGUUAACGCCUCCCAGUAUGACUUCACUACCCUGGAGAAUCAUGCUGUUGUCAUGGAACCGGGACAGACUGCCGGGCUGAUCAUGAUUGAUAUAGUACAGGACUAUCUUCCAGAGGAGGCAGAAAUCUUCCACGUCAAUCUCACCCGUGUGGAGAAGUUCCCUACAGACACAUCACUCAGUAUCUCCCCUCGUAUUAGCUACUUGCGUGCGACGUCUGUUGUCACAAUCCUGGAGUCCAAUGACCCAUAUGGGGUACUGAACAUGGAGCCAGUGACUGUAACUGUGAAUGAGGCAUAUCAAGAAAUCAACAUAACAGUCAAGCGAACUGGUGGCAUAUUUGGUACAGUUAGUGUCCUUGUGAGGACAGUGGGUGGGGGUGAGGACUGGACAGGGCAGAUCGUCCCCAGGCCAGGCGCCAGUGGGAACAACACAAUCACAGAAGUGUUAGGGAACCGGGAUAGAUUCACAUCCGCUACAGGCGGCUCUGAUUAUGUAGUCUUGGAUACCAAAGUGGAAUUUAAGCAAAAUGAGCUUGCGAAGAAUGUGACGCUGACACUUUUAGCAGACGACAUGGCUGAGCCUGCAGAGACAGUGCUUGUGUACCUGACCCAGCCUACAGGGGGUGCCAGGAUCGCACAAGGGGAACCAGACGGGGGGAAAAAGGGCUUUACCAUUGUAACUGUUUCUGAGAAUGACCUAUCCAAUGGCGUGAUAGGAUUCUCCCAGGACUCUCUGACAGUGUCUGCAAAUGAGGACACCAAUUCUGUGGUUACCCUCAAGCUGGCCAGAACAGAUGCUUUCUUUGGGGAAGUUGAGAUUUCCUGGUUGGCCAAGGUGUCUGCAAACAGUGCUGAGACAGAGGAUGUGAUCCUUGCUUCCCAGCUGGAAAAAACAGCGGGAACUGCCAUGUGUCCUGGGCGAAAAGACGUCUGCUACUUCAACAUCACACUUGUCAAUGAUAACCUCCCAGAAGAGGAGCACAGUUUUGUUGUGAAGCUCACCUCGGUGAAGAAUGAUGCCAAGCUGCACCAGGACAGACUGACAGCUCGUGUGAAUGUAGCAGCUAGUGACCAUAUCAGGGGCCUCAUUCAGUUUACUGAAGACUCCAGGACAAUUAUAGCCAGUAACAUCGAGAGCAGUGUGAGACUGAAGGUCUCUAGAACAAUGGGUCAAGAUUAUCGGGUCGAGGUCGGGUACCGCAGCCUACAGAUGACAUCACAACUGAGUCUAGAUGGGGUGAUGGUGUACCCAGCGCUUGAAGGGGAGGACUAUGCUGGGAAGUCUGGGAUACUUGUGUUCGAAGCAGGGAGGCAGGACCUGCAGUAUGUCGACAUCAGUCUGACACCUUUCCAGGCCUCCAGUAAUCCAUACCCCAAACAGUUCUAUUUGGAUCUUAGGAACCCUACAAAUGGAGCCAGCAUCAAUGUGAAUGCGUCCCGUGCCACCAUACUUCUAGUGGACAGCAAAGAUGUGGCCAUCUGGGACAUAGUUAAGAACCUUCCCACACGUCCACUCAACGAUCAGCAAAUCAAAGACACACUGGGUCAGCUGGAUGCAGCCAUUCAGGUCUCCAACAAGUUCACAGAGAAUGAAGUCUCACUGUCAGAGGACAUACUGGAGAAAAUCAUCGAAGAAGGAUUGGAGAGAAAGCUUACUCCAGCCAUCAUCAACCAGAUCCUGUCCAUACUAUGCAAGUUCCUCACGCCGGACAAAGACGAUGCCACCAGGGGGCGGUUCAAACUGGCCGAGAUCAUGGAGAACACAGCGUAUCUCAUGGUUACGGGGGCUCCCUGCCCCACCCCCCUGCCCCCAGACGUGAUGACACUACAGUGUGUUCAUGCCAAGAUAGUGGCCGCACGCUGGCCUCUCAACAAGAUACAGGGGUACCAGUACCCUGGCAGGCGUCAAGACACCUUUACUGUGCCUGGUGCAGUACCGAACGCAAGAACAAAUGAAAACUCCACUUGUGCUGACUUCCAUUUUAUUGAAUAUGACAGUGAACAGUGGUUUCAAAAAUCUGCGGAGAGACAAUUGCUUAGCAAUAAGAUUAUAUCGUUUGGACUGAAGGGGCGGCCCUCCUCGUACUCUGAUACCCCGGCUGUCUACCGUAUCCACAGUCCAGAUAGACGUAUAGCCACCAGACAGGCAGAGUGUGUAUAUUUCGACACUUCUCUACGCACAUGGGUGUCACCAAGAGAGAUUUGCCAGGUUACAAAUGACCUUGACCUUGGCCUUGAUGAUUAUGUUGACUGCUCGUGCAAGCACCUGACCCACUAUGCUGUCAAGGCCACGACCUCUGACCCUGGACUGGUUGGCUACUCCACCUGGUUUUUCAUCUCUUGCUUCAUUUGUAUGACUGGUCUCUUGCUAGCCAUCCUUGCCCACCAUGUCUGCUCAGUUAGUGCCAUGUUCUCCGCCAGUCUACUCAUGCACAUGUGCUUUGCUGCUAUGGCAACACAGAUCUGCUACGUGGUUGCGGCCUACCUCAGCACAGAUGAGAUCCUGGUGUACACACUGCAGGAGAACAACUACCGCUGUAUUGUGAUGGGCCUAUUCCUUCACUACUUCUUCCUCUGUCAGUUCUCAUGGAUGGUGACUCAGGCCUUCAAUUUCUGGAAGAUUCUUAUAAUGAACGAUGAACACACGGAGAGGAAAUAUGUGAUCUUCUUCCUCCUGGGAUGGGGUUUCCCAGUUGUGAUUGUGGCAGUUUUCUAUGUGGUGACUUUCAAUGUUUACAAAUAUGUCUACGACCUGCCUCUUGGCUUCAUCUAUGGUGAUGUGAACAAUAACGGAGAUAUGUGUUUUGUCACCAAUGCCUAUGCAGGUCUGGCAGGAGUGGUUCUACCCGUUCUGUUGAUGCUUGUGGUGGUUGCCGUGGUGUUUGUGAAGGCAUUCCAGGUCACACCCCAGUGGCAGGCAUAUGACGACAUCUACAGAGGCAGAUAUAACAUCACUGAGAUGCGAAUGCUGCUGCUGUUCUGGGGUACCAUCAUUAUCACAUGGCUCUGGGGAGGGCUGCACCUAGUGUACGGACAGCUCUGGAUGCUUGUACUGUUUGCCAUAUUCAACAUCAUUCAGGGCCUAAUGGCGCUUGUCCUGUAUGCCGUCCUUCGCAACCCUUGUAUUGCGUCCUGCAUCACGCCACAACGUGCUAGCUCCUACUCCAUGACGGGGCAUCUGUUUGACCCCGCCCUGCCCCAGGGUGGGGCUGGCUCCCCAGGGGGUCAGUAUCAGUUCCACCCCAGCACCCUUGAUGUGGGCAGUCUGAAGGGAUCCAGGGCUUCUCUACUGAAUGAGAGUUGGGAGCGAGACUCACAACCCUCCAGGGCCACACGCAGCACAAUGAAAGUGAAGAGGACCCUCCCACAGAGUGGUAAUCUCUACAUCAAGCCCCCCGUCUACCGGCAGAACACCAUCUCUGACACAAAAGACUUCGAUGAUUUGCUGUACGCAUUAAAAACUGGAGGCUCCUUCUCGCCCAGUGAUCUUGACAGCAUGAACAGUGAUAAACCUUCCGAUUCUUCAAGUAUUGAUAAAUAUGAACUGAGGAGGAUUGAUAUUGCGGACACUCAUUUGUAAAUUGUGCAAUACGCUAAUCAAGAUCAAUAUAUACAGAUCUCAUGGGAAUAUUUUAUGUAAUGUUAAAUAAUGUAUAUAUUAUUUUAAAUUUCCUCAUUUUAAUACUUUUAUAUGUGAGUCUCUUGGCAGUACGUAUUAUGGGAUUGACGGUUGGAAGGGCAGUUUUCCGCUCUCUAGGUCAUACAGUUUUUAUGGAAUCUUUGCGCAACUUAAUGGAAAUGUUUGUCAACUUAAAAUGGAGGUCAAGGUCAAUAAUCUGCCAAUGUGGAACAGGCACUUUAGAGUGACCUUCCAUUGUUUACAAAAAAAAGAAACAUUAUUUUUUUUAAGCUCUCUUUACUCAUUUACUUUCUUUACCAAACUGUUCAGAUACAAUUAAAGUAACGUUUCAUAACCAGACAAAAAAUGUGGAAACCCAUGAGGUCUGUUUUUUACAAGCAUAUAGUUAUAUCCAUUAACUUCAUUAGGAUUGACAAAGAUUUUCUUUGAAAAAAAAUGCCCAAUAAUCAGGGCCCAAAGCUGAAUUUAGACAUAACUGUCAAAAAUGUGUUUGUACUUUAAAUUGCUUUGCUAUUGUCACUUAAUGUAUGUACAGGUGUUUAAAAAGAAGUAACUCUAUUUAUUUAUGCUUUAUGCCCCUUUAUAAUAUCAUAAUUCCAUUUAAAUUUUACUAUAUGCGACACUAAUUUCAUUAUCAUUUUUUGUGAUAUUCUAAUUAAAUUGUAUGUGUAUGUUGAACAUGGUAAAUUGAAUUUAUUAUUUUUGUCUUUCAUUUAUUAUUCCGUCUCUGUAGCAAUUGUAAUUAAAUCAUAAAAUCACAUAAUCAAUUAAAUCAUACAUUUUACAGUAUGAUUGUGUACAACAUAGUUGAAAAUUGUAAGUUACUUUGUUAUAUUGAUUAGAUAUUUGUUUUUUGCUUACAACAAAAAUAACAUUUUUGUUAAGAUAUCUAGUCAUUUGGAAAAAUUGUUCAUUUCCUGCUAUUAUUUUGUAGAAAAAUGUUAAUUUGACAUUUUAAUGAAUUGGAUUUACAGUAC